AUGGAGGGUUCCGUGGUAAGAGGAAUGCGGCCGGAUCCGGACAGACUUCCCAAUGACCAUUUUAUCGAAUGGCUAGCAGAAGCAAAGCAGCUGUAUCAUCAUGAGCUGCCCCCACUCGCCGAGAAGAAUCAAGGCAGUACCAGAGCCGGUCUCCGCAAACCCUGGCUGGGUCCUGCAGAAGGGUUUUCGAAGCGAACAAUUGCUUAUGGGAUGUGGCAGAAAGAUCCAGGAGACUCUGAAGGGUCCAAUAUCGAUUCGAAGUCACAGCAUGCAAAUCCCAUGCAGAUGCUCUCUAAUCCAACUUUUGUUGGAUCACCGGCCAACCUUGAUGGCCGUGCCCAACAACAGCCAGAGUGGCAACCAUCAAAAUUACAUCUGACAAAUCCUUUGGAUCCAUCUUCGGCGCGUCCAGCCACCUUGAAUCUAGGGUACAUUACGCCUCAACAAAACGCCCACUAUUUUUUGCUCAACAACCCUCGGAGACUCAUGCAAGCCAAAGGUCUUGACGUACAGCUCUCCCCUCCCACGGCACAUCACGAUAGUCAGCAUUCCGUUCAGGCGCCAACCGAAAGAGCACCUUUUUCGGGACCGAUACACGAUGUAUCAUCUCCAAAGGGACGUGAAGAGGAUUCCCCAAACGGCCCGUGUGAAUUUGUGCCGGUGUCACCAUAUCAGCAUCUGACCUCCAAACCCAACGAGGACAGCGCAAAUGGAAUUCAAAGACAAUAUUAUGCCCCUGCGGAACGCACCGACGAGGGGGCAACCAGCGAACAGCCACAUGGAAACAGUGCGGACACCCCCAUAUCCCAUGGACCGCAGAAUCAGGGUCACGAAUCCACAGACCCCAGCUCCCUAGCAAGGCCAACGAAACGUAGGCGUCAGAUCUCCACCCCAAACCCCUUGAACCCCACAUCACCGCAGCUCCCGACGGCAAUGCGUUCUCCAUCCACCCACUCGUCGCCACGACCAACCCCAUCCGCAUCCUCGCUGAACCCCUCCAGGUUCCCAACCCCAACAUCCCUAAACCCAGAGGAACCCACAGACUCACCGUUCCAACUCCCCUCCCACAAACAGUCCCGCACGACCCUCUUCAUCGCCAUCCCCCUCUCAACCGACACCGUCCCUCUCAAACUCCGCUCCUGCAUGACUCUCUCCUCCUUCCUCACCGCCGUCCUCGCAAUCUGCGCUCAGCCGGGCCAGCACAAUCAUAUCAUCUCGGGCAUCAGGGUUACGUUCGAUUGGAAGCAAGACAAGGACGUCGACAGGGCGAUUCUGCUCAAACAGGAUCUCCCCGACACGUUCGAAGUGUUGUUGGAGAUCGUCGAUGGGGCGCCGUGUUGGGGCGAGGAAGGGGGCCGGUGUGGCGUCGCUGUUGAGGUCGUGCUGGUGUGA